CGAUUGAGGGAGAACACUUGGAUGCAACCACAACUAAGAUCAAACAGACUGGACACAGAAAAAACUGGAAGAAGAAACAAAGAACGGAGAGGGAAAGAAGAACAGGUGGACAAAGAAGCCCAAAAGAUCUUGGCGCUGUACAAAAAGCUGAUGAUCCACAAUGUUCGUCUAUCUGCCUACGCCACUUAUCCUAUCCCUGACCUUCACGCUGGGUGCUUGCAUGUUCCCUGGCCAACACUGGGGGGAAUGGAACGAUUCUCAGCUCCUGCCAACCAUUCAGAAGCUGAUGAAAGGAUACAACCGUUACCUAAGACCAAAUUUCAAUGAGGGUCCGGUUGAAAUUGGUAUGAGUCUUGACAUCGCAAGCAUUGAUGCCAUCUCAGAAAUCAAUAUGGACUAUACUGCAACUAUCUUCCUGCGCCAGAGGUGGCGUGAUUCUAGACUGGUGUUCCCAGGGAACGAGAGUGUUAGUGUGGAUGGACGCCUGGUAUCACUGCUGUGGAUCCCCGACACGUUCAUUCCCGACUCAAAGCGUUCCUUCCUACAUGACGUCACGGUGGAAAACCGUCUAAUUCGCAUCUUCAGCAAUGGGACUGUUCUUUAUGCGCUUCGAAUCACAGCUACCAUUGCCUGCAACAUGGACCUGACCAAAUAUCCAAUGGACAGACAGGUGUGCACCCUGCAGCUAGAAAGCUGGGGCUACAACCUACAGGAUGUUGUGUUUUACUGGACUAGAGGGAAUGAUUCAGUGAGGGGUCUGGAUACACUGCGGCUGGCUCAGUAUAGUGUGGAAAGCUACUACACAUCUGUGUCGGAGGCUGUGUAUGAGACUGGACAAUACCCCAAGCUGGUGCUGCAUUUUGCACUGCGCAGAAACGUGUUGUUCUUUAUCUUGGAGACUUAUGUUCCCUCCACUCUCUUGGUGGUUCUCUCCUGGGUGUCAUUUUGGAUCAGCCAAUCCUCCGUUCCAGCCAGGACUUGUAUUGGUGUGACAACAGUUCUGACCAUGACCACCCUGAUGAUGGGUGCGCGCACCUCUCUGCCCAAUGCCAACUGCUUCAUUAAGGCCAUAGACGUCUACCUGGGCAUUUGCUUCACCUUUAUCUUCGGUGCCUUGUUGGAGUACGCCUGUGCUCACUUCUAUACCAUGCAACAUCAGACCAUAGAGGAUUUGCACAGGGAGCUCGCGAGAGAAUUCUACGAGUCCAAUGGGAACGGCUCCAUCGCCACCUCCACACGACCAAAGAAUUCUGUGAAAGUGAACCCCCCUGAGGAAGAAUCUACCGAAGAGCCAGCCAACUGUGACACACAGGCCACCGUUGAACCCAAGGAAGAAAAACCAGGUCAAGGGUGCAGUUUGUCAUCAGUGAAGGAUGUUUCAAGAAGAGCAGUGUCCAUCUUCAUUGUGGAAAAUCCACACAACAUUGAUCGCCAUGCCCGCACCGUUUUCCCCACGGCAUUCCUUUUCGUCAAUAUUCUCUACUGGCUUUAUUAUCUCUUUCUCUGAGAACUGCUCGCAAGCUGCUGCUGAGUUCAUUUCACCACCCCGCAGCUGCUUUGCAUUCCCAAUGGAGUCACCAGGCCACUCGCUUGAAUCUGAAGUCAUCGUACAUGCAUUUGUUUGGGAAGUGAUAUGUAAAAAAAUGGCUUUUAACCUGAUGAUGAGGUUACAUAACAGCAGUCAGUACUAGGAACCACACAUGGUUCACAUGAUGUUACCAUUAUACCUGCCAGAAAUGUGACCAAUAACUAGCAAGUCAAACAAGAAUAACUCAAUUAGCUGGUUUGCUGCAUCACACAUUGUGUUUCAUUUGACUGCCUUUUCUUUGUUG